AUGGCUCGUGGCGUCUCACCUGGGCCUCCUCCAUUACCCAAGCCUUCCUUCGUGAAGGUGGACGAAGACUCGACACAGCCCACGGGUGUACACGACCAGCAGGCGCGUUCGUAUGGCUAUAAUGAUUUCUCGGACUUCAAGAGGCCAGAGCAUUACAUUCGGCAUAUCGAACCCUUGGAAAGUGAACUUGCCGUGCAGGUAGAAUAUGACAUGGAUGAGCAAGAUCAAGAAUGGCUGGAUGCUGUGAAUGCGGAUCGAAAGAAGGAGCAGCUGGACAAGGUGUCAUACGAAGUCUUCGAGGUCAUCAUGGAUCGGCUGGAGAAGGAAUGGUUCGACCUAACUAAGAACAUCCCCAAGCCUGACAUGGCUCUCCCCUCGGAAGAUUCCACCUGUGCUAUCUGCGACGACUCCGAGGGAGAAAACAGCAACGCUAUCGUAUUCUGCGACGGAUGCAACCUUGCCGUCCACCAGGAUUGUUACGGUGUACCGUACAUACCGGAGGGCCAAUGGCUCUGUCGAAAAUGCACUGUUUCCCCAGAGAACCCCGUCUCGUGCAUCCUCUGCCCGAACGAGGGAGGCGCAUUUAAGCAGACCAUCCAUGGCGAAUGGGUCCAUCUGCUGUGCGCUAUAUGGGUCCCCGAGACGCGCGUCGUAAACGACGUGUUCAUGGAGCCUAUCACCGGCGUAGACAAGAUACCCAAGCAACGGUGGAAGCUGAGAUGCUCCAUUUGCGACGUCAGGGAGGGCGCGUGUAUCCAAUGCAAUAAGGCGACCUGCUUCCUGGCGUUCCACCCGACCUGUGCUCGUAAAGAGAAGCUGCUCAUGCCGAUGAAAAGCACGCAGGGCACCGAGCCUGCGACGCUGCAGGCCUUCUGCGAGAAGCAUUUGCCGCGAGAGCAAUACGAAGCCCGCAAAGCGGCUCUCGCCGCCGAGCGUGAGACACCCGAAGCGGGAGACGAGCGGCGCGCCGACGCAAAAGCAGCCAAGAGCGCGCGCGCCUACGCGAAGACGUACAAGCUCGGGCCGCCGCUCGUUCCCGCCGUCAUCGUCGACCGCAUCAUGCAGUACAUCAGCAAGGUGAACAUCCGGAAGAAGCAGGACUUCCUGUACCUCGUGUGCAAGUACUGGAGCCUGAAGCGCGAGGCGCGACGCGGUGCGCCGCUGCUCAAGCGCCUGCACCUCGAGCCGUGGACGGCGUCUGCGGGCGGCAAGGCGCAGACUGACGAGGAGAAGGCGAUGAAGCUUGAGUACAUGAAGCGCCUGCGGCAAGACCUCGACAUCGUCCGCGUGCUGGCAGAGAUGUGUCGCAAACGGGAGAGCCGCAAGUUGCAGCAGGCGGAAGUGAUCAAUGAUCUCAUUUCCCACUGCCUCUAUCCACACGAAGCCCCUUUGAGGCUCGCCUUCGAGAGGAUUAUGGGAUUCGACCGUCUCGACUUCUUCAAGAACCCGGUUUCUCGCAACGACGUUCCUGAUUACUUCGAUAUCAUAGAGCGGCCGAUGUGCUGGAGCAUCAUUGAUGACAAAUUGGACAAGCAUGAGUAUUGGAACUUGCAGGAUCUUAAGGAUGAUAUCAACCUAGUCCUUAAUAAUGCAAUGGUUUACAAUAAACCGGAUACCCGGUUUCAUAAGGCUGCCGCGAGGAUCAAAGCGAAUGCUGAGCCAAUUCUCGAAGAGUUGGACAGGCAAGCUGUAGUUCAUCACAGCGAUAGCAUCGACGCAAGGGCCCAAGUUGGCGAUUUGGAGCCACCCCUCAGCAUCCUGGACCUUCUCUUCUCCGUAGACCAUAUCAAAGAUGACACCAAUCUCCUUCUCGAAGCACCGCCGCUGAUCUCACUUCUCAAUUACGAGCUCGAGAAGCUCAAGCCGCCUCCCCCGCCUCCACCGACGCCUCCGCCCAAGCCCAAGAAAGGGAAGAAGAGGGCGAGGAAAGAGUUGGGAGCCGAUACGAUCGACGCCUCGCCCGGGUUCCGGGCACCGAGGACACGCAGGGCGCUCGCUGCAGCAGCCGCGUUCGAGGCGGAAGCUCGGGGUGAGACUGAAAGUACGGACAAGCAGCCAGAGGAGACGCCAGUACCCGAGCCCGAGGCCGCGCCAGCUGCUAAAGAGAAACAGGUCAAACCGAAGAAGUCAGUGCCCAGGUUACCGAGGGCGACACAUACAGAGAUGCCCCCUGUUGUCGACGACGUCGACAGCCGUGAGUCGUUCAAGAAGUUCGAGCAGGGCUGGAUUCUGCCUCCCGACGUCCGCCGUGGAGGAAGGGCGCCAGUAGCUAGGUCACCAUUACCUCCUCCGAAGAAAAAGAAGCGCCUUUCAGCUUCGAAGUCCCGUCUGUCAGCGGCUGCUACGUCUUCCACGGAGAAUGAGACAUUGCACCUGCCGUCGUCGGUCCACUCAGAAGAGACGAGCUCUUCUGUUCCAGCACCACCUCCUGAAGGGGAUACCACUGCUAUGCAGGUCGACGUCCCAGAAAGUGCCGGCGGUCCCAGCGAAGCUAUCCCGGAAGCUGCCGGCCCACCAAUACAUGACGAUAUCCCCUUGGACGCGUCCUCGCCUCUCACGGUUGAGCCGGAGGAACAGAAUGAAGAUGUACUAGGACAACAUGAUUCGGGAUCCGACUCAGCUAUGAACGAUUCGGCUCUGUCAAAUCCCCGCGUGGACUCGCAAGGAGCGAAGGGGGCUCCGGAAACUGCGCCUGGAGUUGAACAGAUUCCAGAUGCGGAGCCUGCAGAAGCAAAUGUGGAAGAGAGUGAAGAGGCAGCACAUCCAGCAGCCGCAGCAUCAACUGAGCCUGCGGCAGAUUCGCGGUCUGCCGAUGCUGUACCGGAAGGGGCUGAAAAAGAUAGGGACCUUCAUCCUGAGGCUGAGGUUUCUACAAAGAGUGCGGGUGAAGAACCCUCGGGUAUGACGGUGCCCGCACCGGAAACCACUAACAAGCAAGAACCAACGGAAGAGCGACUAGACGAGAAGCCGAAAAAGUCGGCACCGCAGAAGCGAAUUGUCAUUGAUGUCCUGGACACCCCAGCCACGCGAAGGGAGAAGGCAAUGCGAAAAAGGCUCGAGAAGAUGCAAAGGGAAGAGGCUGCAAGGGCAGGCCAAACCUCCACCCCUGGUCCUUCGACUGCUCCUCCGGAUGCGAAGGCUAAGCUGGAAGAUGACGACGAAGAUUCUGCCCUGAGUGAUUUGAGCGACCUUGGAAGUGAUGACGAAGGCGCCCCGAAUGCUCACACGCAAGCAGAGGAAGAGAUAAGAACGGAAGAAGAGGGUAAGGCCGAAGAGGCUAGGAAGGAAGCAGAGAAAGCAGAGGCGGGUGCUAUCGUAUUGGACGACGAUGAUUAUCUUGAGGGCGGGACCCUGGACUCAUUCCCGUGGUGGGCGGCCGUUGUAUUUGAGCCUGAUGAUCCCGGUAUACCAAAAGCGGUUCUACGGGAAAAGGAAAAGGUGAAAAGGACUAUGUCCGGUCCUCUGCACCUCGUACGGUUCUACGAUAGCAAAUCCUCCUGGUACGCAACGAUGCGUCCGAGGGGACCUACGAAUUGGCUGGAGUUGGACAAACUUCGUUACUUGGGAGAGGAUAAAUCUCUAGACGAAGAGUUCCUGCAGGGUUCCAGUAGACAGCGGUUCAAGACCAAGGGGCUCCGCAACGAAUGCCGAGCCGCGUAUAGACGUGCUAUCGCUGAAAUGGAGCAAGGUGACGAGGAUCAAGCGACGGAAACGGACGGCAAGUCGCAGACAGCAACGGUUGACGCUCUUACGCCCGACCAUGCAGGGGAGCCGGACAUCGCUAUGGCCGAGCCGUAG